AUGGCUCGGUUUCCGAUGUUGUACGGGGGCAACUGGGGUCCCUCCGAGUUCGCCUUCAAUGACGGCUUCAGAUCCAGGCUCCAUGAAUACCUUGACGGUGAGCUGUUCGACCCUUCGUCCUUCCACCAGCGGUUCCACCUGGAGCCCGGCCGGUUGGGUGGGGCCGUCGCCGAACCGCUGCAGAACCAGCCGGGCGAGACCGGUGUUCGCACCGGUGGCAAGUUUGCCAUCAAAGUUGACAUCCGGCACUUCUCUCCCGAAGAGAUCACCGUCAAGGCCAAGGACAAGAGCGUCAUCGUCCACUGCAAGCACGAAGAAAAGUCGGACGACCGCGGUUGCUACGUGCAGCGCGAGGUCAACUGGCGCUACGACUUGCCAGAGGACGUCGACCCGCAGUCGGUCAUAUGUCAGCUGACCCCGAUGGGCUACCUCGCCCUGGAAGCCCCUCGCAAGAACCCCCCUCCCAAGGUGGACAAGAGUGAGCGCAUACCCAUCGAGGUUUGUCACGAGUCCAGCGGCAGUGGUGACAAGAAGUGAGCACUAAC